AUGAAAUACCCUCGCAUCAUGAUUCAUGAUAACGUGUCACAGCACAACGGGAAAAGCCAAUUGCAGCAGGCUCAGGAGGAUGCGGAGGAGGUGGGGGCCAUCAUGCUGGAUAACAUGAACAAGGCGCAGGAGCGACAUUGGAAACUGGAUGACCUGGAUGAAAGAGCUGAAGCGCUUCUACAAAAGUCCAAAGUCUUUGAAAAGACAACCAGACAAGUGAAGGAAUCAAGAAUGAAGAAGGCAAAAUGUAAGAAGUUGAUCAUCAUUAUCAUUGUAGUUGUAGUUGUUUUAGUCAUCAUCUCACUUGUAGCAAUCAUCUGUUCCUUUGUCAUAAAAAAAUAA